AUGUUUGUUAUCAUAUUAUUAUUCUUUGUUGGUCUUGUACAAUGUGAUCGUUCCUUCGUGAUUAAUAUUAACCAGAAUGGUGAAAUUGUUCAUCAGAAUGUGACCGAAAAAGAUGAUUUGUUAAUCAUCGAUGUGCCAGGUCAUACCGGCGUUGUUCAUGCCACGUAUUACCUGGAUUAUCGUAGUGGUUAUGAGCUGGUUAAUUUUGUUAAUCAGGGAAAAUGUCACCUGAGCACAAUCGACGAAAAUAUUCGACAUUCAAAGAUGGUCGAACCACCACAGCUAUCACAAGUUCCAGGUGCCAAAGCAGCUGUCUACGAUGCCUCACAGUUUCAACGAACGAACAUCAUUCGUUUAGAACAAGAAAAUCCAAUGGGAAACACAUCGUUUUUGCGUUCUGAACUUCAGUCUGCUUGUCGUGAUCGUCCAAUUUAUUAUGUGAAAAAAAUGCUUGAAGCUGAUUUGGCUAAGAUGAAAUCUGACGGCCGUGUGACAUCAACGGAUGAUGGUUAUCUCAUACCAACAUACCUGGAAGGUGAUAAAUCGAUGACAUGUGAUAUUCCAGAUGUCGCCGCAGACAACAAACCGGAAAGUCUAGCUCGAUUUUAUAUCAGAAAGCAAGAUAUUUCAUCGAUGAUUCAAGUGGAAACAGCCGCUGUUCUAUUUAAUAUUGUUUACCAGGUACUGGCAGCUCAUAGAUGUACAAAUUCGUGUUCGUUUCAGUUGCGCUUUGACGAUGUGUUCACGACAGUGCCGGCCGAGUGCAAUCAGUCAGGUCAGUUUUACAUUUGCACCACUGAAAUUCGAAUCAAUUAUAAUCUGAGAACCGUUGAUCUAACAUUCGAAGCUGCACAGCUAGUCGUAGGACAGGAAAAACAGUAUGAAACGGCUAUUGAACAAACUGUCUUCAAGAAUUUUAAUCGUAAUAUAACACU